GGCUGCCUCAAAAGCAACAAGGCUGAGGCCUCAAUUUGUAAUCGCUAUCCCAGGUACCUACACCUAUGCUCAUAAACGAGAAAUACUCAGUGCGGCCAACGAUGCCAAUAUGGACGUCGAGUGCCUGGUGAGCCACACGACUGCAGGGGCCAUCAAUAGAUUUUCAAGGAAGUCAAUUAUAACUGAUGUUUCGGAAACAUGUAUUUUCAUUGAUCUGGGAGCAGGAUCCCUUACUAUAUCUGCAAUCAGAACGGAUAAUGGCCACAUGAAGAUAUUGUCGACCGUAGGAGAAAGCCACUGGGGGGGAAGUGAUAUCACUAAAUCUCUUACGUCUUAUUGUUGCGAAAUGUAUAAAACAUGGACGAACAGAAAUCUGAGCGAACAAGACGUAAGGUUUAUAGCCACACAGUGUGAAGGAGCUAAGCUUAUUUUAAAUAAAAGAGAUAGAAGAAGUGUUGACAUCACGCUACCUCCUCCAUACAGGAAAUGCAGAGUCACGUGGAAUAUUAUUAUAGGGAAGAAUAGUGUCCAGUUAAAAAAUAUAUCUAACCUUUUGAUUAGAUGCAUGGAGGAAGCGAAUAUCGACCGAAAUGAGGGACCUGAACUUAGAAUUGUACUGUUUGGAAGAUCUUCCCGGCUACGAAGCAUUAGAGAUGCUGUCCUUGAGUUUAUCCCCCGAAAUCAUUUCAUAGAACAUUUUUCCAAUGACAGACACUUUGUCGCCAUCGGGGCCGCUCUAACUGCUAGCUUUCUGCUUGAUAAGCACUGCAGACUGAGGUUUGCUAAUGUUGUAAUAGACGAGUUAAUUCCAACCCUUGCGGUGCGGAGUCGUGGCGGAGAAAUGUCUGUGGUGAUUUUCUCCCGGUCCGUACCCAUUUUAUCGAAUGCUGCAUUGACCGCGGCUCGACUUUUCGACGUUCCAGGACACGAAGAUACACGUGACGUGUUCGUAAGAUUGUACGAGCUUGAGAGGUCAAAUGCGAACAGGUACGUUUAUAUCGGAAUGACCCAACUUUCCCUACCUGAAUCUCAUGAUGACAGCUGCAUUAUAGUUUCGUUCAGAAUUCACAAAAAUACAUUUCAUGUCAUGGCGACUGAAAUGGAGACGAACGAGAUUAAUGAAAUUGAUAUUUUAGAGAGUGAGGGAUUCAGCGAAGAGACGCAAGCUCCGAAUGUACAAGGGGUGAUAGAGUCGCCUGUCCCACCCGCCCCACCCCCUCACAAUUCAAACCGAAGACACAAAGGCAGUAAAAUAAUUGAUAAGCCGGAGACAAGAGGCGCAGGUGUGUGGUUUGAUUUGUGGCGGGGCCUCUCCUCGAAUCACUAA